GUAAACUGUUCUUAGGUUAGUUUAGCUGGUGCUAGCAGGUGAGACGAGUGUGGUAGGGGCUGAACCAUGUGGAUUUACCGACGAAUUUUUUAAUUAUUCGAGAAGUGGACUACAACAGGAGAAGCGCAGUCUAACAUGGGCGGUGUUAAGUCAAUACAUUUGACCCUUUAUUUGGGCGUUGUUUAGACAUCUGACUGCCUUACCAAUUGCCAUUAUAAUAGACGUACAAUUCUAGUGGCAUUUUGGUAGUUAGUUUGUCUUUACCACAGCAACAGUUUUAGCGUUUUAUUGAAUGAAACUGAAUGACCAAAGGUACACCGCGAGUUUCGCAACUUAAUCAUUCAGUAACACCUUUUGGCUGUUUUUUACGACUUUAUUAUGGCUUUUGCUAAAUUCAGCAAAAUACUUCGGCUUUCCUCGUUGGACAUCAAAAAGAAAGUCAAACAAUACGAACACGUUCACCGGGACUUAAACCCAAACGAUAUAUGGGACAUUAUCGGGGAACUGGGCGAUGGAGCCUUUGGCAAAGUUUACAAGGCGAAAAACAAAGAGACGGGUGUCCUGGCUGCCGCCAAGGUGAUCGAGACGAAGAGCGAGGAAGAGCUGGAGGACUACAUGGUGGAGAUCGACAUCCUGGCGUCCUGCGACCACCGUUACAUCGUCAAGCUGCUGGACGCCUUCUACUACGACAACAAGCUUUGGAUCAUGAUUGAAUUCUGUCCAGGGGGAGCUGUUGAUGCAGUGAUGUUGGAGCUGGACCGGGGGCUGUUGGAGCCGCAGAUCCGGGUGAUCUGCUGGCAGAUGCUGGAGGCCCUGGUCUACCUGCAUGGCAUGAAGAUCAUCCACCGCGACCUGAAGGCCGGGAAUGUCCUCCUCACUCUGGAGGGGGACAUCAAACUGGCGGAUUUUGGCGUGUCGGCGAAGAACACCAAAACCCUCCAGAGGCGCGACUCAUUCAUCGGAACGCCGUACUGGAUGGCUCCUGAGGUGGUCAUGUGCGAGACCAUGAAGGACGCUCCGUACGACUACAAGGCCGACAUCUGGUCGCUGGGCAUCACGCUGAUCGAGCUGGCCCAGAUCGAGCCCCCCCACCACGAGCUCAACCCCAUGAGGGUCCUGCUGAAGAUCGCCAAGUCCGAGCCCCCCACCCUGGAGCUGCCGGGGAAGUGGUCGCGGGAGUUUAAGGAUUUUCUGAAAACGUGUUUGGAUAAGAAUCCUGAGAGCCGGCCAAAUGCUGCACAGCUUCUGGAGCACCCCUUUGUUAGCUCGGUGAAGACCAAUCGGCCGCUGCGAGAGCUGGUAGCUGAGGCGAAGGCCGAAGUCAUGGAGGAAAUCGAGGACAAUAGAGAGGAAGGAGAAGAGGAGGACCCGGCCGAGCUCUCGUCUGCCCCGGCCAAGGAUCCCUCAGAAACCAGUCAGACCAGUCUGGAAGGGGACCACCCGGCCGACCUGCCCGCCCAGCCCUCCCUGGAGGACGCGAAGCCGGCGAGCCCCGAAAAGGACCGGUCGGACAGCCUGGGCCGGGACAAGCUGUCGGACGAGGGCUUCGGGAUCUGCGACCCGGACAAGCCCGAGAGCGAGACGUCCGUCAAGACCUCCAGCUCCGACUCCGGGAUCGAGGACGGCAAGAGCACGCCCACCUCGGAGGAGGGCAAGCCCGCGGCCACGCCCGAGACGGAGGUCCCGCCCCCUCUCGCGGCCCACCCGGGACCGGGGAAACCCGAAAGCGAGGGGGAGGCCGUGGACGGGCCCGUCGACGCGGUGACCGGGGCUCUGCCCCGCCUCCAGCUCAACGGGGGCCUGAGGAAGGAUUCGGAGGAGCUGCCGUCGCCGGGGGAGGGGCCUGAGCACCUGAGCGGCCCCCCGGUGCGGGCCAAGAGGAAGGCGUCCCAGCGGUACUCUGACACGGGCAGCACCUCCGCCUCGGACAGCGCCGACCUCAGCCUCAACCUGUCCGGGGACAUGACCGUCAACAAAGAGACCGGCACCAUUUCCGUCAGGGACUCCCGCUUCUCCAGCAAGACUCUGAAGCGCACCAGGAAGUUCGUCGUGGACGGCGUGGAGGUCAGCGUGACCACGUCCAAGAUCAUCGGCGACGAUGAGAAAAAGGACGAGGAGAUGAGGUUUCUCAGGCGUCAGGAGCUGCGGGAGCUGCGUUUGCUGCAGAAGGAGGAGCACCGUGCUCAGGCUCUGCUCAACGCCAAGCUGGAUGCUCAGAAGGACCAAAUGCAGCGUCGCUUCGACCAGGAGAUGAACACCAAGAAGAAGUACUACGACACGGAGCUGGAGAGCCUGGAGAAGCAGCAGAAGCAGACCAUCGAGAAGAUGGAGACGGACCACGCGGUGCACCUGCGGGACGAGACCAAGCGCAUCCGCUCCGAGCAGGAGAAGGAGCACAGCCGCUUCCAGGAGCAGCUCAAGAACAAGAAGAAGGAGGUUAAGCGGGAGGUUGAGAAAAUGCCGAGAAGCCAGAGAAAGGAAAGCCUGAAACAGCGAAUGGGCUCAUUUCAGCAGACCAAACAGACGGAGGAGCAGAAGUUCCUGGCGGCGCAGAAGGAGAAGCUGGACACGCUGCUGAAGAGCAUCACGGCGGAGAACAAGCGGGAGAUCUCCGAGACCGAGCGCCAGUGCCUGGAGAAGAAGCAGCACCUGAUCCGAGAAAGGGAAGCUGCUAUCUGGGACAUGCAGGAGCAUAACCUCCAUGAGAGGCACCAGCUGUUGAAACAGCAGUUGAAAGAUCAGUACUUCCUCCAGAGACACCAGCUGCUGAAGAAGCAUGAGAAGGAGCAGGAGCAGAUGCAGUGCUAUAACCAGCGCAUGGUGGAGCAGCUGAAGGCCCGGCAGCAGCAGGAGAAGGGCCGGCUGCCCAAGAUCCAGCGCAGCGAGGGCAAGACGCGCAUGGUCAUGUUCAAGAAGAGCCUGCGCAUCAACUCCACUGGCAGCGCCGCCGAGGACCGCGAGAAGAUCAAGCAGUUCAGUCUGCAGGAGGAGAAGAGGCAGAAGGCCGAGAGGCUGCACCAGCAGCAGAAGCACGAGAACCAGAUGAGGGAGAUGGUGGGCCAGUGCGAGAGCAACGUCAGGGAGCUGCAGCAGCUGCAGAAUGAGAAGUGCCACCUGCUGAUAGAGAAUGAGACCCAGCGGCUGAAGUCUCUGGACGAGAUGCACAACCAGCAGCUGAGAGAGUGGAGGGAGCUGCUCAAGCCCAGGAAAAAGGCCCUGGAGGACGAGCUGAACCAGAAGAAGAGGGAGCAGGAGCUCUUCUUCAAGAUGAGCGAGGAGUCAGAGUGCCAGAGUCCCAGCUCGCCCAACAAGCUCACCAAAUUCCUCCCUUACUCCGACUCGUCCACCACGUAACUCCCAGCAGCCCCUGCGGCGCUCCUCAGGACCAAUCGUGGUCGAGCCCUCCGAGCCUCCACUAGGCGUGGAAUUAACCAAUGAAGUCCUGUUUCUUUUUUUUUUUUUUAAAUAGUCGUAUUUAUGUUUUUAAGUAACGUUUAUGUAUUUUCAUUUGAUUAACCGAUGCCAGGCUUACCUUUGUCUGCCAGAUAUUGUUUGAAAUUCCACCCCCCAAGCCCUUCCCAAGCUAGCAGUAUUUCUAUAUGUCUGCAGUGCUGUUCGGUCCUGGAUAUUGUAUCAGAUACAUCCCCGCCACCCCCGCGUUUUUUUGUUUUGUUUUAUAUUUCCUGCUGAACACCCACCACCCCCUCACCCCCCCCCAUAAUGUGUACAGUUCCUGUUCUAACCCAGCCUGUCAUACAAAUCUGUGGUGUCAGGUGUAUUUGAUGGGGGAGUAUGGCGGGGGGUGGGGGGGUGGGGGGGGGGAGAGGUUGGUUGGUUGGUUGUUUGGGGGGGUCCAAACAGAGAACGUGUUCUGUUCUUUAAGUGUUGGGUGUCGGACAAACAAAGUGGAAUGUGUCCUCAGUGUUCUGUUCCAAUUUAAGCAUGUAAGUGGUGGGUGGGUAAGGGGGGGUCCCAAUGAGUGUGGGGGGCGGGGGGGAGGGGGUCACCAAGGAAACAGCUGCACAAUUCAGCGAGUAUGACUCAUUCCAAAGACACCUUCCCUUUAACACAAGCCUGCUAUCGUGCGUUUAGCCUACAAAGCACGUAAUUCACAGCUUGUAGCUUUAAUUUGCCAUUAUGUGCCUUUUUCUACCAAUACUUUUUUCCCCAUCUGGUUUUUAUUUGUCUAUCGGGCGAAUGUCUCGCUGCCAAAAGUGCAAUUAUGUCUCAUUGAUUUGUAUUUUUUUGCUAAGUGAAGUAUGCAGAAGCAAGCUUAAAAAACUGGAGCUGCUAGCCUGGACGAUUUACCACCGUUGGCCAAAAGUCACCACGGAAUGUUUCACGCAGUUCAGUGCACACGGUAAAUAGAAGGACUUUCCAUCAUCUAAAAUUGUUUCGGUGUGAAAUAUGAACCAAAAAAAUUUUUUUUUGAAACUUUUACACAAUCACAAAGUUAAUGGGGUGGGGGUCACUGUUCACUGUUUACACGUUAGUUUUGGCUACAGCUCCGUUUAGCUUGUUUUGGGGGUGGGGGGGGGGCGGUGGCAUAGGGAACAGACUGCUAUUUUGACUGUUAUAUUUUUCAUCCCAUCUUUAAACAAGUUAUUUCUUUUCAGGUUGUAUGAAGGACGUGUUUGUUUUCUCAAUGCCAGUUUGACCUUGGCAAUGAAAAACGUCGUUGUCGUAUAUCGCUUUGUCGCUAACGUAUUCCGUGAAAUCUUCUGCCGCUUAAUGGCGGCUGCAUUACCGUAAAUGGCGGCUGCAUUACCAUAAUGGCGGAACCAGCACACUGGAGAGGAACCGACGUAGCUAACGCUGUGUCGCGCUAGAGCCAAAGUAUGAUACUUUUAGUUUGUCGAUAAGCUUGAAGAAUAUAGUUUCUUUUGAAGAAUCUUUAAAUGUUAUAUUAUGCCUAAGUAUAUAUUUUAUUAAACAUCGAGUUUGAUUUUUAUCGUAACAUAAAAUGCACUGUUAACUAACCAAAAGUGCAAUAUGUUUUUUUCUUCCAUCAGUUUAUUCCACCAAACAAGCCUCACUUUUUCUUUGAUGGAGAGAGUACAAUUUCUUUUUCUUUUUUUUUUUUAGUGGUCACUUUUAUAUACUUUUUAUUGACCGUUUAAUCAGGUACAAUCAGAUCUGCUUCCUUUCUUUAUUCCGUUGAUAUAUUUUGAGUUGUUUUAAUGUUCAGUUCCUGUAAACCUUUUGACUGCAAAUAUUAUCGUUCUCUCCCUUUGCCUUCAAUAAGUGGAAUUUGAAGUGUUUUCAGCGAGGAGCUGAACCCUGAAGAAGAAUAGCUUCCAAAAGCCGAAGGAACCACUAUUGUACAUAAGAGUCUAAUAAAAACAUUUUCUUAUGCA